AGCCUGUGCCAUCCGCAGCACAGAGCAGCAGCAGCAGCCUCCCGGCACCCAUCCAGAGGGGGGAGAGAGGGGACCGCUGCCAGGCAGAUGUGGCCCCUGCUUCCCCAGAGAAUGCUGUGAGGCCCUCCAUCAUCCCAGCUUCAGGGGCUGGGACAGUGGACCCCCCCCCCCCACACACACACACUGGCAUGGGGAGCCAGGGGGACUCUGAUGCCAUAAGCCAAGCGGGCGCGUGGAGGUGAGACACCUGCCGCCUUGAGUCGGGUGGGCUUUGCUCAUUCAUGUCCCCACCAGGCGUGGGGUGUGCUGUAGCAUGGGACCGUCAAGCCCACCCUGAUUCCAGGGGCAGGGAGAGAGCGGGAGCCAUCACAGCGCGUAUCUGAUCAGAGGGGUAAAAGUUGCUCAUCUGAUAGAGCCGAGAUGAGGAUCCCACCAGCCAGCGGGAGAAGCCAGCCUGGGUGCCAGCCUCCCAAGAGUCUCUCAGGGCAUUCGAGUCCGGGAAGAAGAUCCACCCAGGAAAAAGAUGGGGGUGGUGACAUUUCCUGCUAGGAGACACUGACAACUUGUUCCUGCUUCCCAGGUGCUGGAGAUCUCAGAGUAGCCCUGAGGCACAAUGGCAGACAGAACUGGGCUUAAUGCUACUCAGGGGCUAGACACUUCCUCUCUACCAGAGGUGUCCCAAUUCCAGGAGGCCGUUGGCCUUUUCUUCAUGGUCCUGCUGAACCUCAUAGCCCUGGUUGCCAAUGUGGCAGUGAUGGUGGUCAUCCUCAAGACCCCUCUGCUGAGGAAGUUCAUCUUUGUCUGCCACCUCUGCCUGGUGGAUCUGUUGUCCGCCAUCUUCCUGAUGCCACUGGGGAUCAUUUCCAGCUCCUCUUGCUUCAACAGGGUGAUCUACAGCAUCGCAGAGUGCCAGACCUUAAUCUUCUUGAAUAUCUGCUUCAUCAGCGCCUCCAUUCUCACCAUCUCGGUCAUCAGCGUGGAGAGAUAUUACUACAUCGUCCACCCCAUGCGGUAUGAGGUCAAGAUGACCGUUGGGCUGGCGGUCACAGUGGUGGUCUUCAUCUGGAUUAAGUCGAUCCUGAUCACAGUCUUGGCAUUAGUGGGGUGGCCUCAAGACAACGGGGCCACAAGUGCCAGUAAAUGCACUGUGUCCUGGAGCCCUGGGGCCCACAAGAAGGUCUUUGUCAUUGUCUUCAGCACCCUCUGCUUCUUCCUGCCUACCUUGGUCAUCUUUGUUGUCUAUUGCAGCAUCUACAAAGUGGCCCGGAUUGCCUCCUUGCAGCAUGUACCCAUCCCGUCUUGGAGCGCUGCCCCGCGGCAGCGAUCGGAGUCUAUUAACAGCCAAGUCACUAUCAUUACUACCAGAAACCUGCCUCCCAGGCUGUCCCCAGAGCGGAUGUUUGGAGGAGGAAAAGCUGCCAUGACUGUGGUCCUCAUUGUGGGUCAAUUCUUGUGCUGCUGGUUGCCAUUCUUCUCCUUCCAUUUAUUCUGCUCCAUUAACUCUGUCAGCCCGGGCAGGGGCCAUGGGGAGACGGUUGUCACCUGGCUCGCCUAUUCCUCCUUCGCUAUCAACCCUUUUUUCUAUGGGUUACUGAACCGUCAGAUACGGGAAGAGCUGUCUAGGCUGGGACGGAGCUGCCUCAACAGACCCUUGAGCCAGGAGCUCUGUGUCUCCAGCCAGGAGGGUUCCGUACAGGAGAACUUCCUUCAGUUCCUACAGAGGACCAGCUGCACGCUGGAGACCCGAUCCAGUUAUGUCAACUCCAGCCCCAGGAACACUUUGGACCAGACCAUGAUGGGCUUCAGAAUUCCAGGCCAAAUCCCAGAAGAAACCAACUGAGGAAGCACAGUGGGUUGGGGUCAUCUUCAUUUCCCUGCUCUCCAUAUCCUGGCCUUUGCUAGGAGAAGGAUUGAAGCAGGGUUUCAGCUAAUCCGAAGGACUCACCAACCCUUUUUUGACCUGGUGUGGGGGGGUCGGGGUUAUGGCUUUGGAAGAAUUUUCCUUCCUCUGGAGUAAAUCCAGUGAAAGGCUAUUUCUGUGGCUUGGGCCGGAAAUGUUGGGCCAGCCAGGUAUCAUGGGUGGGAGCCAAAGAGGGAGAAAGCAAGAAGGCAAGGAGCUGGAAAAGGACAAAGGCGCUCACUAGAACUAAUUCUCUUCCUCUCCCAGUGUUUUCCCUGACACUGACAUGUCACGAGCACCAAACUCCAGCUGCAGCACCUGAGCCGUCAGGGAGGUUCUGCUUUUGCUUAGUCUUCUAGAUAAAUAGAUCUUUUGAUGGAGGUCCAGGGAGAUCAAGUGACAUGCCAGAGGUCACUAGUGCGUCAGUGCCUCAGUUGUGGGGGAUGGAGGUAGGAGGACCUCAGGCCCCUUCUGUUUCUGCAUCCUUUGCUCAGACCACUAGGCAACACUGCGUCCCUCUGGUUUAGGGCUCAGCCGUUCCAGGAGUGAGGGCUAGCUGGGCAGCAGUAAAUUGCCUUAACUGUGUGGGAUGGGCCCUUUUAAAAAAGGGUUUGGGUUACUUCUCUGGACUCACCCUUGUGCCUGCUCAUGGGAUCAGAGAACAGGCCAUUGAUAAGGAAGCCAGACUGCAGGGUUUAUCGACCCACUGAGGUAUUUAGAUAGCAGCCCCUCGUUCUGCAGGAGCAGAGCUUCGCUCCGCAGUGAUCGCUCCCAAGCUAUUGCCCUCUGGGAAGGCAGGUGAAACUGACACGCAAAACUGUGACAGGAGCCAAGUGACGGCAGUGGGUGGUAGGUGCCGGCCCGCCUUAAGGCUCCUGCAGGGCCAGACGGCCUAAUCCAAAGCGAAGGCAGCUCCUUCAAUGGCUGGCUGUGACAAAUGCAGGUUGGCAGGGAGAGAUGAAGAGAGUGAGGUGUUAUUCCACGGCAUGUGGGCCAAAUUAAUCCGUGGGGCAACACCGCUGAUUUCAGGGACGGCAAAAGAGCUAGCAUGCUUUAGGUGCUAUAGAAACAAUAGCAGGUGGUGAUAACAAAGGCAGUAAUACCACGACUCCCCGGAUUUCAAUCACGUUACACACCAGCAGUUCAUUGAGCUCCCUGUCUCAGGUGGGGACGGGGCAUUUCAGGAGACCCUUCAUGUGUUUCUCUGCAGAGACAGCCAGCAGUAAAUGUGAAGGGCCAGAUCCCCACAGGUAUUUAGGCUCUUAACUUUGGUUGAAAUCAAUGGGAUUUAGGAGCCUAAAUACCUUUUGAGGCUCUGCACCUAGGUGUUCUUUACUGGGUAUCUUCCUCACCCCAGCUAGCUUCAGAGGCAUUUGUAAUUAUUUUUUAAGCGACCACUAAUGUCUUUUCAACAGAUGUAUUUCAACAGCUGUCUAUUAAUAGAGGCAAAGGAAGCACCAGGCUCAGAAGCUUUGUUUGUUUUGAAGAAGAGGCAGAGUCCCCUUUUCCUCUCCUCGCGGCACAGUGUGGGAAGGUGCCUCUUCCUUUACUGGGAUUGCCAAAGGGGCAUUAGCCACCCACUCCCCCUAGAACUUUUCCACCCCCACCCUCCCAGCCCUAGCAGGUUGGGGCUUUUUCCCCAUCCAUAAGCAAAUUGGCUCCAUUUGCAAGGUUAUAUUUUAACCCCCGUCCCUGGCAGUUCAAGCUGCUCCCUGGAAAUCAAAGCCUCAUCCUUCCUGCCUGGUUCGGUACAUCUCGUUACUCAGAAAGCGCCUGGAACAAGAGCUUCGCUGGCAACUGCCCGAGGGAUGCACAAGGCAGAUCAGCCUCCCUCUCACGCUCGGGGCUUUGUGUCAGUAAAUACAGCAGCUAUGACUCAACGCAGCUGUGCAGUGCCACGGGGCCAGUUUAACAGGCGCUUUGCUGAUCAGAUCUAACCGACACUCCCUUCUGGGUGAGAGCUGGGGGGGAAGGCAUCUCCCGCACUGGGGGGUGUCCGAGAUGCUGCGAGAUGUCCAAGAUGCUCUGGGAAAGGUGGGACCCGACAGGCUUGGUGGUGCAAGGGACUCAGCCUUGGUAAGAGGAGGACAGAACUACUAACCAACUUCAUGGGAGGCUCAUUCAUCCAUGUUCUUAAAGCACUUUGCAAUCCCUAGGCCUUAUCCACACUCAGCGCUGGCAGUGGUUUAGCUAAAGCCAGUUAAACUGGUGCAAAUCCCUCUGUGGACACUUUUAAAUGGGUUUGGCAGGGGGAGGGGCUUCUGUCAAUGUAUCGUUGUGAUCUGUCACACAGAUCACAACGAUAGGGUCACACUUUGUGUGAAACCAAAAACACAAUUAGAAUUAAAGACUCCUGAGGAAAGAGCGAUUAUGCUGCCAGCUCUCCUCACCUCCCUCCCCAAUCCAGACCCCUGUUGCUUCCCCCUGUCAGUAUCUGUGCCACUUCACAGCGACUUUGCACUCAUAACACGGUGAAUCCAGGCCUAGAACAUCUGAUAACUAAGCAAGGGGUAACAGACAACAUCAUGCCAUAAUGGGCAUUUCCCGGCUCUAUUUCCUAGAGAUUCUAGUCUCCCAUUUCUGAGGGAGAUGAAGCUGUAAAAAUAAUCACAGAACUGAGUUUGGGCCUUAUGUUAGAGCCUCCUGGUGAGUCAUUUCUGCCACCAAUUCCCUGUGUCUAGCCACCCAAAGAUAUUCUCCCCACUAAGUACUUUCCACAGGUUUGUGUUUCACAGAGUCCCUUUAUUAUUAUUUCUCUUACCCUGACCACAGCAGAGGGGUGACUCAUCCCCCUGUAUCAUUCAGCCCUUUCUGUGAUCGCACCAGCCAGUCUGCGGCACUGGGCUGAAAGAAGCCAGCAGCCUUUCCAUGCCUUCGACCUAGUACAGAUGAGCAAAAGUUAUCUUCACUUUCCUUUUGCAGCCCCCUCUGCUCUCUCCAAGCGCUCCAGCCAGCUCCUUCUUCCCCUUCCAUUUAGUGUCAGCACAGCUGGCAUUUCUUGGUACAACAUGGGAAAACAUGGUGAGCUAGGUGUACGCUUUCCUAGAGAAGCACAACAGAAAGCAUCCCCAGGCUGACACCAAGCCUAGGGUCACAGUGCAAGGGUCCCUUAUCUGGUUCAUCGUGGGAAAGCAGCUCUGUCUUCUCCCCACUUGUGGACUUCCCCUCUUUUCCGUGGGUGCUCGACCCCACCUCUGCCUCCGGCCCCGCCCCCACUCUACCCCUUCCAUGCGGCCCCGCCCCUGCGUUGCCUCUUCCCAGCCCUGUCCUGCCCCCAUUCCAAUCCGUUCCCCAAAGUCCCCGCCCCAACUCCGCCCCUCCCUGCCCCUAUUCCAACUCCUUCCCUAAAUCCCAACCCCGGCCCCGCCUCCUCCCCUGAGCGCACCACGUUCCCAUUCCUCCCCCUCCCUCCCAGCACUCUGCCAAACAGCUGUUUGGCAGAGGCCAGGGGGAAACGCUGGGAGGUAGGUAGAGGAGUGGGGAUGCGGUACGCUCGGGGAGGGGGGAAGGAGAAGGAGGAGGCGGGGCAGAGGGGAGCUUGGCUGCCAGUAGGUGCAGAGCACCCACUAACUUUUCCCUGUGGGUGCUCCAGCCCCAGAGCACCCACGGAGUCGGCGCCUAUGCACAGGGCGUGGGAGACGUUUUGUCGAUACGCUGGAAGGGGUGGACUUUUUCUUAUGACUGAGCUGGAGGCCCAGGUCCCCGCAGCAACCAAGCCAGGUUGGGAGUUUGGUAAACCCAACCUCAGCGAGGAAGAGCUGAGGCAGUCAGGGCGGGCCUUACCAUGAGGUGAACUGAGGCAGCUGCCUCAGGUGCCAGACCCGGUCGGGGGUGGGAGGCACCACUAGGACCCAGAGUGUAGAGAAUUGUGUCUGCUGCUGGUGCAUAUGUAUUCUCUCUGCUCUAGAUGCACAGAGAUGGUGGAGUGCUGUGCUGGAGGAAGGAGGGCACAAGAGACAUAACAGGCAGGCAGGAGAAAAGGUGAGAGGGAAUAACAGAAAGCAGCAGGAGCUGCAGGGAGAGAGCGGAGGAGGAGCCUCUUAUGUACUUCUCUAGCACCCUCAGGAGCCUGGACUGAUUAACACCAGCUUCUCAGGGAGCUUCCUGUUUCUGCUGCUUCCCUGAACCCACUGGAGGAGAACAGGCAGUCAACUGAAGUAGUAGGAGCCAGUUAGGCCCUUAAGACGCUGAUAUCUUCCCUCACUCAGGCCCAGCUACCAGCCUGCUUAUUUGUCCCCUUCAAUUGAGUGUUGAGAGCCACUAUAGCUGGCACAGAACAGCAGUCAUGAGUGAAAGAAGAAAACACCCCUCUGGGGCAGCAUUCAG